AUGAUUUUCAUGAGUUUAUCUCCGAGGCUAAUCCCAUGGUUUCUGUUGCUGUCUCUCUUCACGGCGAUUUCACUGACGUCGUCUCAGCACACGACUCGUCCAAAGAACUCUUCAGACGCCAAUCACUGCAACGGCGUGUUCGUCUCCUACACUUACUCGACUGGAGCCAAGAUUAAACCGAACGACACCAAGAACCAGCCGUACCGGUUCGAGUCGGUGCUCACGGUGCUCAACAACGCCCGCGUCGAGCUCAAGUCGUGGCGCGUGUUCGUAGGAUUCGCUCACCGCGAGAUUCUUGUUUCUGCCACCAACGCCGUCCUCGACGACGGUUCUAGUCUCCCGGUUAGCGUUGAGAACGGUACAACCUUCUCCGGUUAUCCGGCGGCGGAUUUGAAGUCGGCGAUUAUGACGGCGGGUGACAUUAAUCAGAUGCAAGCGCGUGUCGAGCUCGUGGGUACUCAGUUUGGAGUUGCGCCGCCGCUUGUUCCGCUUCCGAAGAACAUCACUCUUGUUAAUGAUGGUUGGAAAUGUCCCAUAGCCACUAAACAAGGUAAAAAUGUUCUGCACGUGUGUUGCACGCCUGGUCCGACCAAUAAUAAAACAGUCCCCAUCAUUACAAAGUAUCUCCCUAGACAAGCAGGAGAUCUAACCAUCAUGUACGAUGUGACCAGAGCAUACAGUUCCAGUUACUGGGUUCAGGUCACCAUCGAGAAUCACAACCCGCUUGGUAGGCUUGACAACUGGGAUCUAAGCUUCGCCUGGAUGAAAGAUGAGUUCAUCAUCACGACCAAAGGAGCUUCUCCGAGUAUCGUAGACUCAUCGGGUUGCAUCGAUGGCCCGCAAGGUAAAUACUAUCAACAGCUUGACUUCUCCAAUGUCUUGAGCUGCGCGAGGAGGCCACACAUCAUCGACCUCCCUCUGACCAAGUACAACGACUCAGCUCUCGGACUUAAACCAUACUGCUGCAGAAACGGUACGAUACUGCCACCGUCGAUGGAUCCGACCAAGUCGAAGUCUGUUUUUCAAAUGGAGGUUUACAAAAUGCCUCCUGAUCUCAACAUCUCUGCUAUCACUCCUCCUCAGAGCUGGCAGAUUAAAGGUAAUCUUAACCCGGAUUACAAAUGUGGACCCCCCAUUCGAGUGAGCGCGAGCCAGUUCCCUGAUCCAACCGGUCUACCUUCGAACCGGUCUGUGUUUGCUAGCUGGCAAGUGGUCUGCAACAUCUCUCAGCCACCUACUCCUCAGUGCUGCGUCUCCUUCUCUUCUUACUUCAACGACUCGAUCAUCCCUUGUAACACAUGCGCUUGCGGAGGUUGCUCUAGCGACAGAGUGUCUCGCACUUGCAGCACAACUUCUCCAGCUCUGUUUCUCCCGCCUCAGGCUCUUCUCAUUCCUUUUGAGAACCGAACCAAGCUUGCCACAUCGUGGGCGGCGUUAAAACACCGGCGACUUCCAGAGCCGUUGCCCUGUGGAGAUAACUGUGGAGUCAGCAUCAAUUGGCAUCUAGCCACGGAUUACCGAGGCGGUUGGUCUGCUCGUAUCACGAUCUUCAACUGGGGACAAACCGCCUUCGCGGAUUGGUUUACGGCGGUUGAGAUGAGAAAUGCUGCACCGGGUUUUGAGAAAGCCUACUCCUUUAAUGGAACUACGGUUGUUGUCGACGGAAAGAACAACACUGUUUUGAUGGAAGGGCUUCCUGGACUGAACUAUCUCGUCGGAGAGGCGGACGGAAAAAACCCGAGCAAGGACUUUCCGGUGCCCGGUAAGCAGCAGUCGGUCAUCUCCUUCACCAAGAAACUGACUCCAGGAAUCAAUGUUGGUUCCGGUGAUGGGUUUCCGACCAAAGUGUUCUUCAACGGUCAGGAAUGUUCACUCCCUUCCGUACUUCCGACGAACAACGGUCACAGCAAACAUGUCUCCACCUUUCUCCUUAUGAUGCUGCUACCAUUUUUUGCUCUCUUGAUUCUGCAGAGUUAA